GUCUCUACGUGUCAAACCUUGGCAAAUACCCGAACUUUUCCUUAUGCGAGAGCUAAAUUUGUUACUGAGACAGCAAUCCGGCGGCAAUUUAUAUGUCGAAGAGAAUUCCUGCAGGGAAGUUGAUCCCGACAGCGUUACACCGGCUGCUGAACUCGAUUCAGACACCUCAGACAAUUACGAAACGCUAAAGUUAGAGUUGGUUAAUGUGCAACUGGAGGAAGCCGAAGCGUUGGAACAACACCGAAUCGUAUGUUUAGUGCUCCGCAACAACUAUGCUUUAUUAGAAGUUGUCCUAGAACACAUAAUGUCUCACCUAGAGUGUGUCAUAAUAGAAAUCAAAUCAAGCUCAAGACUCGCCCAUUUCCUCAAUCUUUACUGCGUCCAAGAACGAUGUUUAGACGAGGAAACAUCGUCGUUAUUAAAAAAGCUCAACCAAAUAAACAAUGUCUCAAGUUUGGAGGCUCUAAAAACUCAACUCAUUUGUACAAUAAACAACAGAGAUCACAUCAAAAUCCUAAACGAACAAUUCGAGGAGAAGUAUAAUAAUUUUAGGCUGGCUUUAAAGAAUUUCAAGAUUAUUUUAGAAAUACUAAACGUGCACAACGACUCGUUAAGUAAACUAAAGAAGCAGUUUAAAGAAAUUCUCAUGGAUUAUCAACACUGUCGGUGUAUAUUGGAAAGGGAGUAUCCCUUUGCUAUUGCUGAAAAGGCAAAAGUUUUGUUAGACUGUUUAACUUCCUUGGGAGAAUCGUACAAGUACUUUAAGGAUGAGUCAGGUAUACUGGGGAAUGUUUUUAGAAACGUUGCUAGAAAUAUUCAGGAGAACGAGUAUAUUUUGGUAAAGAAAGAAAAUUUAUUGUCGGCUCAGUGUAGUACUGCAAAUAGUUAAAAUAUUUGAUAAAGGAGAAACUAAACAGAAACAGUUCUAGUUUUUUUAUUCUUUAUGAUUUAAAUUAAUCCGAAUAUAACUAAAAUGAAGCGUCCCAAAACAAUGUACCAUAUAAUAAAUAAAGUUUUGUUAAA